CAUUUGACACAGCGGGAAACAGGCUGAGAAAGCCACAGUGAUCCACCCGUGUCUGCAGCGGAGAGCUGGGAUGUGAACACGGCCUGUGUCGGACCAUUGCAUAAAACAGGAGCCGGGGACCAGAGAGGGACGGCUGAAACCCAACCAACAGCCCUGUACUCACUCCAGGCUGGAGGUUCCUCGAGGUAAAACUGCUCUGUGGGACUUGGGGGGUGGACACAAGGGAGCAGAGGGGGACAGAGAGCGGUCAGAGGUGGAGGACAUAGGGGGCGCCAAAGAGAAGCUGCAGCCUCUCUCAGACCGUAUCAGCCAGAUCUUUUUGAGGAACAAGACUCAGCGUUAUGUUUAAAUCCUCUCAUUUGCAAUUUUAAAAGAAAAAAAAAAAGGCUAGUCACUGAUCACAAGAACUGUAUGCCCUGCCCCCAUGCCACCCCCACAGACGUUUCUAGCCUUCAAUUGAUUGCUUCACAAGUUCUGGUACUCCUCAUUGUCAUCGCCUCAGCCCACUCAACUCCACCCAACCCCAUCCUACCCAAUCCCCUUAAGGCAGAGCUCCCAGGGAGAAGUGCAGCCCAGUGACCAGAGACAGCCUUGGCAUGAACUUGGCCUCCAGGAACUGACCACUGGUAGGUGUUGUGGCCAUUCAAGGACAUCCAACCAUACAGAAAGAAGAACUUUGUUCCUUUCUUGUCAUUCUGAAAAACUGAGAACCCCAGAGUCCUGUCUUCAUCAUCACACAGGAAGUGAGCACUUCCUACUCAAUCAGGAUUUUGAGCCUUGAAGUCAUACAGGCUCGAAAAGCCCCAGAAACAGAGACUUCGUGGACAAAAUCCUUUGAAACCAGAAGCCCAUCGCCUUUAUCAACAAAGUAAACACAGAAACCAUUUUCUUGACCUGGAGAAGCCAGGAUGGAAAUUUCAGUGACCCCAAACGACUAUGAUAUGACAACAGAAUUUGACUACGGGGUUGCAACUCCAUGCCAAAAGGAACAGCUGAGGGCCUUUGGGGCCCAGCUGCUGCCCCCCCUGUACUCUCUGGUGUUUGUCAUUGGCCUGGUCGGCAACAUCCUGGUGGUCCUGGUCCUCAUGCAAUACAAGAGGCUCAAAAGUAUGACCAGCAUCUACCUUCUCAACCUGGCCAUUUCUGACCUGCUCUUCCUCUUCACGCUGCCCUUCUGGAUUGACUAUAAGCUGAAGGAUAACUGGGUUUUCGGUGAUGGCUUGUGUAAAUUGCUCUCAGGGCUUUACUACACAGGCUUGUACAGCGAGAUCCUUUUCAUCAUCCUGCUGACCAUCGACAGGUACCUGGCCAUCGUCCAUGCCGUGUCUGCCCUGCGGGCCCGGACUGUCACCUGGGGUAUCGUGACCAGCAUCAUCACCUGGGUCCUGGCCCUCUUGGCUUCCAUCCCUGGCUUGUGCUUUUCCAAGACCCAGGGGGAAUUCUCUCAUUACACCUGCAGUCUUCAUUUCCCUUCUGAAAGCCUAAAAGAGUGGAAACAGUUCCAGGCUCUGAAGAUGAACAUCUUAGGGCUGGUUUUGCCUCUGCUGGUCAUGAUCAUCUGCUACACAGGGAUUAUAAAGAUUCUGCUCAGACGGCCAAAUGAGAAGAAGGCAAAAGCCAUCCGUCUGAUUUUUGUCAUCAUGAUCAUCUUCUUCCUGUUUUGGACCCCUUACAAUCUGACCGUGUUUGUUUCUGCUUUCCAAAACUUCUUUUUCACCAAUGAGUGUGAGCAGAGCAAACAGCUGGACCUGGCCAUACAAGUGACAGAGGUGAUCGCCUACACGCACUGCUGCGUCAACCCUGUGAUCUACGUCUUUGUCGGCCAGAGGUUCCGAAAGUACCUGCGCCAGUUGUUCCACAGGCUCGUGACCGUGCACCUGGCUAAGUGGCUCCCCUUCCUCUCCAUAGAGAGGCUGGACAGGGCCAGCUCCAUGUCCCCCUCCACCGGGGAGCAUGAACUCUCUGCUGGGUUCUGACUCAGGCCCUUGGAGGCCCAUCCAGUACCCUGCGAGAAUGACCUGCCAGGCAUGCUGGCCAGAGAGGAGGCAGCUUGGCUGUCCCUGCCAGAUUCUGAUACCUGCUGCAGCACAGAAUUGCACCACUCAGGGUUGAGGAAGCUUAAAGUUGGUCUAGACUAAACCACCUCUGGAGCUUGAGUCCUCGCCACAAACUUCUCCCUGGUGGAAAGGAAAUAAAUGUGCAAAAUGGGACAAAAGGUGCCAGGGAAUGUCUUGGGCCCAAAAAGGAUUUCAAAUUUGUGAACAUUAACAUUUGUAAACAAAGCCACUGUAGCGUCCCCUGACCCUACCCUACCACCAAUGAUUUCGGAAGCGGUGAUUUCCAUGGUUGACUCCACUCUGAGCCCCGAGCCAAUCAGAAGCCACAGCCACUUCCAUCCACCCACCCACCCCAACCCCACUGCAGGGUCAGGCUCUCAGAAACCCUGAGGAGCACAGAACUCAUAAUGGAAGAACUCGAGACCUAAUGGGAAGCAGGAUUGCGGAACUGCUAUUGGCGGUAGACCUAAGAAAGCCCUGAGAGAGAAUUUUUAUAUUCACUACAGUCCCACAGUUCAGGCAGCGGGCCAGACACAGCCCUUAUAUAUAUUGUGUCGUACUUCUUGAAUAGCUAUAGAGGACAGAGAGUCAUUAUUUCCAUUUACCAUUCCUUUGUUUCUGAAUAUUUUUCAGAAUCUCCCUUCCCUAUAAGUUGGGUGAUGUGGCAGUAAAUUCUGACAGCUUUAUUGCAGAAAUCACUAACAGGCAAAAGGAGACAGUUGAUUCUCUUCCUCUGGCUCUCCAUCCAAGCCUUCUGGUUUUCUGGAUCAGGGUUCGGGCUGCCACAUUGGACCCAUAAGCGAAAAAUUGCCUCGUGUGCAGGCUGAUGGUGUUUGAGGCUGGGAAGCAAGAGAAUGCCUACCAGGAAGGCUGGGGACUCCAUCUCUAAGAAGGAUAAGAGAGCCCUUAGUUCAAAGGAACUUAUUUACUCUAGCGUCCUUAACACUUCAUCUCUCACCAAGGAUCUCUCAUUUAUUAUGUCUUUGUUCCCUGUUUCCUCAGACAUAUAUUUCUUUUAAAAUUAUUUUUCCAAUAACAAAAAUUGUUUCCAAAAAAGCUUAAAAAUACAGAGGGGGAAAAAGCAGAAUCAUCUAUAAUCCCACUACCCAAAGACAACCACUGUAUAUUUUUUAAUGUAUUUUCUUUUAGUUAGUUUUUUCCUAUGCAUAUUUAUGAUUGUAACAAAGAUGGACUCCAAUUGUACUCACUCUUCUGCUGUUGUUGUUUUUAAGUACUAGUAUGUUGAGAUCACUUUUCCAGGCUAAUAAAUCAUUCCAAAGCAUUGUUUCUGGUGCCUGCACUGAAUUCCACACCAGGGAGGCACCCUGAUUUACUCCACCCAUUUCCGCCUGAUUGCUCGCACAAAUCAAUUCAAUCCAGCAACCACGACUGAGGACUUGCUCCGUUCAAAGUGAGCUCUCUGAGCUCUGGGAGACACAGAUGCAGGUGGGAUGUCCGUUCUGUGAUGUUGACAGGCACAGGGAUGCCAUCAGAACCCAGGAUGGAUGGGUGGGGCUGCUAUGGAGUCCGUGGUGCCAGGACAGCAAAGGGGAGGAAGGAGUCCAUUAGUGAGAAAGCACCCUAAGUGGAUGGAUGUCCCCUUACAGCACAGUGACACCAUUGGGCUGGCUUCUCUCUUUCUGGACACUUGAGUUGUAUUCUUACCAAGCCUCCCUUCCCUUCAGGCAGGGACCUACUACCGCCAUAUGCCUUCUUUGUGCAAAGAAACUGGUAUCAUGAAGGUCUGGAAAACGUUUGUCUGGGGAGGAGGAGAUCACACUGCCCUGGGCUUGUGCUUCCACACAGAAAAUGUGGACAAAUAUAGGCUUUGGGAGUCAAGCUGGUUGUCAGCUCUCCACUUAUAAACCUGCUAGCCCUCUCUGUGGCGUGGAAAGAAGGAGGUUUAUUGGAAUUAAGAAACAUUUGUCCGCUACUUUGGUAAAAUAAAACUGCAUCAAAAAACAAUAUAUGAGAGCCAGCCCUGAUGACCUAGUGGUUAGUUUGGCACACUCCGCUUCAGCUGCCCAGGUUCACUAAACAAGGCAUGGAACCACGCCACUCGUCUGUCAGUACCAUGCUGUGGCCAUGGCUCACAUGGGAAAACCAGAGAAUUGACAAUUCUACACAGCUAUGUACUGUGACUUUGUGAAGGGUGGAAAGGAAUAAAAAGGAGGAAGAUUGGCAACAGAUGUUAGCUUAGGGCAAAUUUUCCCCUAAAACAAAAGUAUAUAAAAAAACAAUAUUUGAUCCCCGACAAUAUCAUAACAAGGAAGAUUUCAAAACAUCCUCCAAAUCCAUUUUUGAAAUAAUUUUAUUAUUUAUUUUCUUGUUACAAAGGCCAUACAUGUUCAUUGUAGAGAACUGGAAAUGGGUAAAAAGCCCAAAGAAGAAAACGGAAGCACCUGUAAUCUCACUACCCAAACACAGCCUCUCUUAGCAUAUUGACAUUUUAGUGCAUUUCCUUCCAGCAUUGUUUUCUAAAUGCACACACUCUCGUAUUCGAUCACACUUAGUAUUUUUUGCAUAACUUCAGCAAAGUUCGAUACAUAGUAAGCUCUCAGUACAUGCUGGUUGAAUGGAUGACUCUCUGAGCCUCCAAUUUCUUUAUCUAUAAAGUGAGGAUAAGACUAGUAUCUACCUCACGGGGCUGUUAUGAUAAUUACAUGACAUAAAGCAGGAAAGUGGAGCAAUCUUUCUUCAACUCUAUCAGAUAAGCGAUCUGCCUCUUGCCAGUGCCCCUCCUCAGUGGCUCAGAACACCUUCAGCUCUUCCCAACUGCCUCACUCCUGUCACCUCCUUUCCCUGCUCCUGUGUGAAUGCGGUCACACCCCAACCUCCUGUUACUGUUGUUCCUACUGUUUCCUCCACUCCUCCCUUACGGAGAGGUUGCCAGAAUAGCACAAGAAACUCCUGUAUCCCACACCUAGACUCUGAUUGUCAGCAUUUUGCCACAUUUGCCUUAAAUUCAUCAUUCUCUCCCUUCCUUCCUCCCUCUCUCAAAAGAUAGACAUAUAGGUAGGUAGGUAGGCACAUAGGUACAUAUAUAGAUAGCUAGAUAGAUAUAAUUUUUAUAGAUAUAUAUUUAUAAAAAAAUAGAUACUAUUUUUUCUCCAGAACCACUUGAGAGCAAGUUGCAAAUAUGAUGCCUCAUCACAUCAGAAUGUUUUUAAAACAGGAAACUAACACUGACACAAUAUCACCAUAUAAUCUACAGUCUUUCCGAUUUUGCCUACUUUGCAAAUAACGGCCUUUAUCACCCCGGGAUCCAGAAUCCCUUGUUUCAGUUGUCAUGUCUUUCUAGUUUCCUUCAAUCAAGAGCAAUUCUUCAGGCUUUUCUUGUCUUUGGUGACCGCAACAUAUUUGAACAGUACAGUUACUUGGUAGAUGGUUCCUUUUGGGGGGCAUGAUAUCAGGAGGCACAUGGUGCCAACCUGCCCCGUGACUAAAGAUGUUAAACUUUGUCACUUGAUUUAGAAGGUGUCUACCAGUUUCUCCACUGUAAAGUAUUUUGUAGUUAUUAAUUAAUAAGUGAUUAUUACUAGUUGGCAUUCUAAUGUAAAAUAAAAGCUUCUUUUCUCCUCCAA